CACUUUGUUAAAUAAUCAAAUAUCCCUACGCUCGUUUUAUACAGGUGGUGGUGUUUCUUGAGAUGAAUAUUAACUGAGGCAUGCCAGUCCACACCGUGAAAAAUGCAUCUGACUUGGAUACUAGAGUCCUUCCAAGCCUCCAGCGGAUCUUAUUACCAAACCUAAAUCUCAUGUCUGAUGCUGUACACAGCAGUGUAAAGGGUAAAGUGGUUCAGAAAGGCCCUGUGGUAUCUUGCAGACAGGGAGACUACCUGCUUAAGGCUGUUAUACAAGAAGAAGACCUCCAGCAGAGUUCAGUAUCACAACAGGCAUCAAUCAAUGUCUUUUUUUUUGGCACAAUGGCCAAAGACUUCUCGCUGUCUGUCAGUCAAGGGGACAUUGUCUUAUUGGCUGGCUUCAUCAUCAGUAAGUCACCUACAGAACAAACCGACAGACUGCAUCCCUGUCACUUGGAGAUGAGUGGCCCUGAUGCCUGUGUGUAUGUGUGCACCUCUGCUGUUUCACCCUCCAGAGAGCUUUCUGCUGUCAGCUCUGAGCCCAGGUACACCUAUGUUCCUUUAAAUGAACUGAAACCCAGGAGAAUAGUGAACGUCUAUGGUGUGGUGAUCUUCUUCAAGCAGCCUUUUCCCACCAAAGGCACAGAUUACUGUUCCACGCUGAAGAUCACAGACCAGUCUAAUGCUAAAGUCGGCUGCACUAUUUUUAGUGAAAGGCUCGAGGAUCAUCCCAAAAUCUUCACAAUUGGAGAUAUCAUUCGUCUCCAUAGAGUCAAGGCUCAAGUGUUCAAUGAAUCCAUGACUCUUCUGACCAGUCUGGGUUGGUCUGCUGUCACCUUUGAUGGGGCGAUCGGCAGCCCUGUUGAGCCCCGUGCAUCAAGCAGGACUUUCCACUUUGGUGAAGCCGACAAACGUACAGUGGAGACACUGCGCCAGUGGGCGGCCAGCCAGCCACUGCUGACCAGUGAGCCUACUGUCCCUCUGUCUUCAGUACAGCCUAGGAUGUACUUUGAUCUGAGCUGCCAGCUGCUGGCGAAGGCCUGCAUAGACAGUAGAUGCAUGCUUCUGAAGGUGUGGGAUGGGACAAAGUGUGGGUACCCUUUACUCGAUGUGGCUGUGGCUACUGACACCUGGGAGGGACAGUCCACCACCUCAAAAGACAGAGAGGACAUGACUGCCAACAUUCUAGUCUAUGACAACCAUGUGGAAGUAGCAAAAACUUUGAAGCCUGGCACGUUCCUGCGCCUUUACAACCUGCAUGCUGUUCCUCAGAGAGAUUCUGAGCAGCCCCCUGAUGUGCCCAGCCGCCUCAGCUUCCACCUGCACGGCGGCACAUCAUUUGGCCGCGGCUUGCGGGUCCUCCCGUCACACAGCCCUGAUCUCCAGCCCCUUAAGAGACUGUUGGAGAGCCAUGCAGAUAGAGCAGUUGAGAAAGAGGUGAAUGAUGACACACUGCUAGAGGUUUGGUAUACUCCACCUGAGUCUGUGGGUGCAGCGAUCACUGAGGAAUUUUAUACAGUUCAGACAUGCAGGCACACACUGCAGCAGGUAUCCCUUGCCCAUGUGAAGCGAUCCACUCCACCUGUGGUUUGUCACGUUCGUGCCCAAGUGCGGUCCUACAAGCCACGGAAACUAUACCAGUGCCUCAAACUUUUCUGCCCGCAAUGCAAAUCAAUAGAAGAGGUCCCUGAUGAUGGGACCAUAGCUCAGGUGUUCCAGGAGGCUCUGAGAAACAGCCUGCCCUGCAGUGAACACUGGGCGGUCACCUCGUCAAUGGAUGCCCCCGGGGCAGGCAGAGUCAUCACCAUGCAUGUGGCCUCUGACAUGGUGCUGGACAACACUCACUCUCAGCUGCUCUUUCUCGAGAGUCUAACCCUGGAUGAGAUGUGUGUGAUAUCAGGCAUGCAUAAGAACAUUGUCCCAGUGCAGUCAGAGAACAGGAGAAUGAAACUGCUUGAUUUCUCUGCUCCAUUCCUCUUCUGUGGAGACAAGAGAUAUUACGGGUGCAAACGAUGCUCUCGGUCCACUUUCGUGGAGCCUGUGGUUUCUGGAGGAGAAAUGUGGGAUGAGCAUGAUGUGGCCAAAGCUCUUGGUGUGCAGCUCAUGCAGUACACUCUGCUAAUACAGUUUGAGCUCCAGGAUGGGACCAGCACUCUGGAUGCCCUGCUUUGGGAGGAUGCUGAGCAGUUCUUCCAUGUCUCUUCUGCUGAGACCUCAGCCAAUCAGGAUUUACAGGACAAGGUUCAGCUCAUCAUGGACAGGCUCCACCCACCAGGAAGCAUCACUGCGAAACGCCCUUGGCUAGAACUCUGCCUUAGUGCCUAUAGUGUAAAGGACAAUGGCAGGAAUCGAGUUUGCUACCAGAUCACUAACACAGAAACCAGAGGAAAUUUCUUCACUGCCCAUUAAGUUCAUGGAAUUUCACCUUCUUAAUCAGGAAUGCUAGUGGAAAGGCCUCCAAUGACAUGUCUGAAAAGACUACAGAGACUGAAAGGACUUCAGUGUGAACAAUGACAAACUGGCAAAUGAAGGUUAAGCUCUCGAAGGUAGAAACAAGAACGGUGCAAAUGUGAAUAGCUUCCUUUUAACAUGGUGUUUAUCUGUAAAAAAUAUAUAUAUAUAUAUUUUA